AUGGAUACCAAGAUGGAUACCAAGCAGAAGAAGCGUUCUCAUUCAGAGACCAAUGGCGCUCAGAAAGCUCCAAAACGUCAAAAGAUGUCAAAAGCCUCCAAGAAGCAAAAGAAAGCUGCUGCUGCUGCGCCCAAGAAACAAGUCGCCGUGGACUCUCUACCAUGGAACGAAGUGACGAUGCCAGAUAUGUUCGAAGAUGCCGAGGGUUUCUAUGGAUUGGAGGAGGUAGAGGAUGUCGAGAUAAUAAGGGAUGGAGAUGUUGUAAAAUUUGUAUCAUCCAAGAUACAGGCUAAAGACGACGCCGAUGAGGAAUUCGAAGGCUUCGGGGAUGAAGGCGAAGUUGAUGGAACCGCGGAGACGGACAACACUGGCGAGGUGAAGCCAAUUUCGAAACCUAAAGAGAAAAGCACGGAAAAAGAACCACAAGCAAAGAAAGAGAAGAUAGAGAAAAAGGCAAAGCCCGAAAAGAAGGAGAAGAAGGAGAAGCCGGACACGAAUGAGGAAGAAGAGAAACCACCCAAUAAGAAAGAGAAGGAGAAGAAGCAGAAACAAGAGAAAUCGCAAAACCAACCGGUCGACAAAGAUGCUGGCCUCAAACAAGAUCCACUAAAGAACGUCUUUCAAGCACUCGAAGAAGAUGCCGCAGGAGAAGUCGAUGUUUCAAAUUGGGAAGAGCUAGAUCUCUCAUCGAAUACUUUAUCCGCAUUAUCAAAAAUGGGCUUUUCAAAGCCAACUCCAAUUCAAACUGAGGCUAUUCCAGAAGUGCUCGCGGGACACGAUGUUGUGGGAAAAGCAUCUACAGGUUCUGGAAAAACAUUGGCAUUUGGAAUACCGAUAGUGGAAAAGUGGCUUGAGGUAUAUGGAGAACUCGAUGAGGAUGAACUCAAGAAAAGCACAAGACCACCAACUGCAUUAAUUCUUUCGCCUACAAGAGAAUUGGCCCAUCAAUUGACUGAACAUAUCACAGCUUUAUGUAAAAAUAUGCCUACAAGCCCAUAUGUAGCUGCUGUUACCGGAGGACUCUCCGUACAGAAACAACAACGUCAAUUAGCCAAGGCAGACAUCAUUAUCGGAACUCCUGGACGUCUAUGGGAGGUUAUCAGCUCCAGCAAUGAAUUGUCAGCUGGCUUGAAACAGGUAAGAUUUUUGGUCAUCGAUGAAGCAGAUAGACUUUUGAGCGACGGUCAUUUCAAAGAAGCAGAGGAGAUUUUAAAUGCUUUGGAUCGUACACAUGGUGAAGAAGGAGACGAUGAGGAAGACUCAUUACCGCCCAGACAGACUUUGGUUUUCUCGGCCACUUUCCACAAAGGAUUGCAACAAAAGCUUGCAGGCAAGGGCAAGCAAUCUUUCAAAGAUGAGAGUCAAUCCAUGGAGUACCUUCUGAAGAAACUCAAUUUCAGAGAAGAAAAACCCAAAUUUGUUGAUGUAAACCCAAUUUCGCAAAUGGCAGCGAAUUUGAAAGAGGGUAUGGUAGAAUGUGGUGGAGAAGAAAAGGAUCUUUACCUAUAUUCUCUCCUACUACAUCACCCAAAUCAACGAACCCUCAUCUUCACAAAUUCCAUCCACUCCGUUCGCCGCCUAACCCCCAUGCUCCAAACCCUCAACAUUCCCGCUCACUCCAUUCACUCCCAAAUGAUCCAAAAAGCCCGCAUGCGUUCCAUCGAGAAAUUCUCCCGCACAAACAACACCGGUUCAGUCCUCGUAGCCACCGACGUCGCAGCCCGCGGUCUCGAUAUCGGAGGUGUUCAAUUAGUCAUCCAUUACCAUCUCCCCCGUACCGCAGACAUGUACGUCCAUCGCUCCGGUCGUACAGCUCGUGCCUCAGCAUCUGGAUCCAGCAUUAUCCUCUGUGGUCCCGAGGAAGUAGUCGGCACUCGUCGCUUGGUCGCAAAAGUCCACGCUCGAAAUGCCGCACAUGCAGAAGACAAGAAAUCCAAAUUCUACAUUCGCUCUCUCGAUAUCGACCGCAGAGUUGUAUCUCGCCUAAAGCCCCGUGUUACUCUCGCGAAGAAAAUCGCAGAUAGCGCCAUAGCAAAAGAGAAAAAGGGACAUGAUGAUGAGUGGGUUAAAAACGCCGCCGAAGAACUAGGUGUCGAUUAUGAUAGUGAGGAAUUCGAAGCAUUAGGCGGAGGAAAGAAAGGAAGGGGAACGGGAAGGAGACUCAAGGAAAAGGAAGCGAGGGGCAUGAGUAAAGGGGAAGUGGGGGCCAUGAGAGCGGAAUUGAGGGAGUUAUUGUCUCAGAGGGUCAAUGUAGGAGUUAGUGAGAGGUAUUUGACAAGUGGAACGGUCAAUGUUAAUGAUUUGUUGAAGGGGGCCAAGGGAGAAUGGUUAGGAGAGGUUGAAGGUAUCGGGAUGGAGGAUUAG